UUUUUACCCGGAAGAAAGCGAAUAAUUAUUUUCAUCUUCCUCUGGCCUGCCGGCUGCUGUGGCCAACGCCUCUAACUCAGCCCCCAGCCCGCCCACAUAUGAUUGUCAGAAAUUAUUACUAGGUUCACAGAAAACGCUUAUCUGUUUCUCAAAUUAUAAAUGCUAACUGAGAGAGGGUUUCUGAUCUUGGUGAAGUGUGCAGUCGAUCUUUAGUCCAUAGUUCCCAAGUCCACAGUCCAAGGUUCAUCUUCGAAAACAAUAGUCACCGCAACACACGCACAAUGCGUGAAAAGGCUUGCGCAAAACUGCAGGUCAUGCUUCAAACGUCUGCUUGGAGCACUUAGAAUGGAGCACUAAAUCUCAUUUCCGGAUACAAAAUAAAGUUAACUAUAAAGUACGAAAUAAACGAGUCUAUGAGCACCGACAAUUGAUUGUUUACCUUCAGUAUGGAGCCGUUUGAUCUGGAUUUGUUGCAGGAGGGCGGUUGGAGCGACUUGUUGUGGAGCUUGAAGCGAUAUGCCCCUCAAGGCUACAAAUUCGCUCUGACUAGGACACCACAGCAGAUAAAAUCCGAUGUUCUGAACUCCAGACGUGUGCAGCAUGUUAUCGAAAAGACUGCUGAAGAAAAAAAUGCUACUGUUGAAUCCGUUACUGAUGAAGUGAAAGCAAUUUUAGAAGAAAUGGGCCAUAAUUUUAACCUUAGUAGCAUCAGAGUUAUGGCACUGAUGCUUCGUAAAAUUCUUUGCACACUCUUCCGCAAAGUUCUCAUCAACAGAGAAGGCCUGGAGAGGUUAAGGGAUGCUGCAAAGAACAACCCUGUGGUGUUUAUUCCAUCACACAGGAGUUACAUGGACUUUCUUCUUGUAUCAUACAUCUGCUUCACCAUGGAUAUUCCACUGCCAUUUAUUGCAGCUGCAGCAGAUUUCAUGAACAUGCGUGUUAUACGGACCUUGUUUAGAAACAGUGGAGCCUUUUACAUGCGCCGCUCCUUCAUGUCUGACCCCUUAUACUGGGUCGUGUUUACAGAGUACAUUCAGAAUCAACUUCAGAAUGGUGAUCAGCCGCUUGAGUUCUUUUUAGAAGGAACAAGAAGUAGAACUGGAAAGUUUCUACAGCCAAAACUUGGUGUCCUUUCCAUGGUUCUUGACUUGUACACCAAUGCUCGGGUGCCAGACAUCCUGAUCUGUCCAAUCACUUUUAGUUAUGACAGAAUACCAGAAGAAUCACUCUAUGCAUAUGAGCUGUUGGGAAUACCCAAACCAAAGGAAUCUCUAAGAGGUUUGAUCAAAAGCAGGUCUGUGCUGACAGAGGACUAUGGAAGUAUCCACGUUCAUAUUGGAGAGCUCAUACCUCUGAGCAGAUUCACAGAAGGAAAGCUCAACAGAGUACACAAUGCAUCUAUACCAAGACAUUUGUUUCAUUUUUUGUCUGAUGAAGAGAAAAAGGUUGUCAAAUCCCUUGGUUACAAAGUCCUCUGCGAUCUUCAAGCAGGAAUGAUCAGCUCUUCUAGUGUUCUUGUGGCCUCAAUAAUGCUACAGAACUUACAAGGACUCCAUUUUGAUGAACUGGUAGAAAAAUUCACAUGGCUAAAAGAACUGUGUCACAUGUGGAGUAUACCAAUCAAAUCUGCAGGAGAUUCAAAUAAUGUGGCCCUUGUCAGUGAAAGCAUUAAUUUCCUGAAGUCGUCUUUGGAAAAAACAGAAAACGGACUUGUAAAGAUCAGAGGCAAUAAAGCGAGCGAAAAUAGGGAGCAAACGGCCCCUGGAAAAGCUGCAAACAACAGCACACAUCUCAACCAUCCUGCCACGAACAUCAAAGACGAGGCUGCUAUGCACAUGCUAUUAGCGUGCAAGAGGAAUGUCAUCUUGUACGAUUUCUUCAGAAUUGGAAUGUUUUCCUUAGCAGCACACAACCAACCUUCUUCCGAAAAACAUUUGGUUCAACUGUUCGCUGAUUUUCAGUUCCUGGCCAAGCUGCUGGUGAAAGAAGUUCCUCAAGUCACGGAAAGAACUAAUGAGACUUUUGAAUACUUUCGGGAGACAACUCAGUUACUAGAGGAGCACGGCUCGAUAAGUGUUCGGAAUGGCAAAGUUGCGAUACUUCAGGACAAAGAUGUGAGCUUUAGCGCUAAUAUGUGGAGACCAAUUUUGACAGCAUACUGGGUAAGUAACAUAAGAGAGACUUCUCACUGUUAUUAA